AUGUCUGGAAGAGGUAAAGGGGGUAAGGGGCUCGGAAAAGGAGGCGCUAAGCGCCAUAGGAAGGUGCUGCGGGACAACAUCCAGGGCAUCACCAAGCCUGCCAUCCGCCGCCUUGCCCGGAGAGGAGGCGUGAAGCGUAUCUCUGGCCUCAUCUACGAGGAGACCCGCGGGGUGCUGAAGGUGUUUCUGGAGAACGUGAUCCGGGACGCCGUCACCUACACCGAGCACGCCAAGAGGAAGACUGUCACCACUAUGGAUGUGGUCUAUGCUCUCAAGCGCCAGGGCCGCACUCUGUAUGGCUUCGGAGGCUAA